UGGGGGAAAGGGGACUUUGGAGGUGAAAUGGUUGAAGCAUGUAGUGGGCGUGUGUGAAUCUGCCAUCGUGGAGCCCACCGUAUAAUCUGCAUAAUCAAUAAAUAUUUAAGUACUACACUGGAGUACGGCACUGUACGGCACUGGAGUACGGCACUGGAGUACGGCACUGGAGUACGGCACUGGAGUACGGCACUGGAGUACGGCACUGGAGUACGGCGCUGUACGGCACUGGAGUACGGCACUGUACGGCACUGGAGUGCGACGCUGUACGGCACUGGAGUACGGCCCUGGAGCCGCAAGAAUGUAUAGUGCUCGCGGGCUGGGCUUUAGCUCAGCGGCUGAAGUGCCUGCUUGGCAAAUGCGAAGUGAUAAGGUCUUGCUAUGUAGCCCAGGUUGGCCUUGAACUCACUAUGUAUGCCAGGCUGGCCUUAAACUUAUGGCGGUCCUCCUGCCUCAGCCUCCUGAGUGCUGGAUUUACAGGUCUGUACUACCAUGCCGGUCACAGGACUGCCUGCCAGGCUGGCCUUUCCUCCCCCUUCCUGUCCUCUUCCUGUCCCUGGCCUGGCCCGCUCUGGAGCUAGAAGAGGGGAAAACCAGGUCACACCCUAGAAGAAACUCUGCGCCCUCGGAGGUCCCCAUGCCUCUCCUCCUCUUGCUGCUUAUGCUGCCAAGCCCCUUACACCCACAUCCCGUCUGUAAUGUUGAGAUCGAGGUCUCCAGAGCGGGCAAGCGGGUGAUUGUGAACUGUGAAAACAUGAACUUGAACAUGCUGCCUGCAGACUUGCCAGCAGACACGGCCACCCUCCACCUGGGUAGGAACCCCCUCGUCACCUUCUCCCUGGAGUCCCUGGUGCCCCUCACUCAGCUUACUCAGCUGUACCUGGACCACACUGAGCUCACCAGUCUGGAGGUCGAUGCACACUUGCCGUCUCUGAAGACCCUGGAUAUCUCCCACAAUAAGCUGCAAAGUCUGCCCUUUCUCGGGAGGGCGCUGCCUGCGCUCAGCACUCUGGACGUCUCAUUCAACCAGCUGACUGCUUUGCCUCCUGACGCCUUUGAUGACCUGAGCCAGCUCCAUGAACUCUACCUACAAGACAACAAGCUCAGGACUCUGCCCCCUAGGCUCCUGGCAUCCACAUCCCAGCUGAAGAAGCUCAAUUUAGCCAACAACGGGCUGGCUGAAGUUCCCCCUGGGCUCCUGAAUGAGUUGGAGGACCUCGACACCCUCUUCCUCCAAAACAACUCCUUGCAGACAAUACCAAAGGGUUUCUUUGGGGACCUCUUCCUGCCUUUUGCUUUUCUUCAUAGCAACCUUUGGCAUUGUGAUUGUGAGAUCCUCUAUUUUCGUCACUGGCUGAAUGACAACCCCAAUAAUGUCUACUUAUGGAAGGAGGGAGAAAAUGACAAGGCUAUGACCCCCAGUGUAUCCAGUGUGCAGUGUGCCAACCUGGCCAACGUACCUGUCUACACAUACCCAGGCAAGGAGUGCUCCGCCCUUGGUGACAGCGAUGACAUAUCCUAUGAUGACUAUGACACAGACCCUGAGAUUUAUGUGCCUUCCCAAAAGACAGUGGUCAAGUUCUCUACCAACACCCAAGCCCACACAGCCUAUUUGGGCCUGCUCCACUCAGAAUCUAUUUCUCCUCUGGACAGACAAACGCCACAAGAAUCCACUAAGAAACAGACCACGUCCCCACCCACAUGGAUCCCGGAUUCCUCCACAUUCCUAACGUUCACAGAAUCUACAUUCUCUAAAACCUCAAAACUCACUACUGAACCCACAACCCUGACCACCCCAGAAUCUACUGCAACCUUGACUACAACAGAGCCAACCAAAGCUCCAACCACCCCAGAAUCUACUGCAACCUUGACUACAACAGAGCCAACCAAAGCUCCAACCACCCCAGAAUCUACUGCAACCUUGACUACAACAGAGCCAACCAAAGCUCCAACCACCCCAGAAUCUACUGCAACCUUGACUACAACAGAGCCAACCAAAGCUCCAACCACCCCAGAAUCUACUGCAACCUUGACUACAACAGAGCCAACCAAAGCUCCAACCACCCCAGAAGCUACCACAACCCAGACCAUUCCAGAACUUACCAGCACAGCCCAGAACAUCCUGGAAUCCACCACCUCAACUGCCCCAGAACUUACAACCUUGACUACCUUAGAGUCCACCUCAACCUCAGCCACCCUAGAAUCUACUACUCCAGAACUUAUAACCUUAAUCCCAACAGCCACCCCAGAAUUUAUGCCAGCGAUAAGUGAAGCAUAUUUUGAUGGCUCCAGAAAUGACCCCUUUCUCAGCCCUGACCUUUGCUGUCUGCUCCCGCUUGGCUUCUACAUCCUAGGUCUCCUCUGGCUCCUGUUUGCCUCUGUGGUCCUCAUCCUGCUGCUAACUUGGGUCUGGCAUGUGACCCCACAGCCUGUUCCCCUGACCACAUACACCACACGCCUGGAGGUACAGAAAGGAAGGGAAAUAACCAUGCCCAGGGCCCGGCUUCUCUUUGUUCGAGGGUCACUCCCCACGUUCCGGUCUAGCCUCUUCCUGUGGAUAAGGCCUAAUGGCCAUGUGGGGCCUCUGGUACCGAGACGGAGGCCUUCAGCGCUGAGUCAGGGUCGCGGGCAAGAUCUGCUGGGCACAGUGAGUAUUAGGUACUCUGGUCACAGCCUCUGAAGGUGAGAGAUCUGGGUGACCCUUGAGAGGCUUGCGCGGGCUGCCCUGUGGGGAUCUAACUGGUGUAAGACGCAAAGGAUCACAAGUCUUAAUUACUUUUCCUUUACCUGAAGCCUCUUUCCACAUUCAGGAAUACAAUCCCAGCCCCUCCAAAUCAGACAGGGUAGCUAACAGGAGGGAGCUGGGAGGGUCAUGGAGCCAAGCUCCCAGGGCUACGCGGGGGACACCAGGCCAUACAGUUACUGUCAUUACAUUUGGAUUUUUUUCUUAUUUUUCAGAUAUUCAUUUAAAAAUUUGGGGGAGGGUGGUUUAAAGCAAAUAGACCAGGACUUUGGAUUCAGCUCAGUGGCAUAAGCGCUUGUCUAGCAAGUGCACGGCCAUGAGUUUGAUGCCUGGUACCAAAUUAAAAAAAAAAAAAUCAAAUAGACCAGUGCACGGCUCCCACAUGCAUCUGUACAGAAAAUCUGGACACUUAUUUUUUCAGAACAUGAGUGCUGAUUUUUUAGAUGUCAUAUGAAUUAACCCCCUCUGCUUAGCACUUCCUAGCUUUCAUCGUAACUGUAUAGUAUUUGUACAAUAAAGAUAUUUUUAAAAAGAA